CUCAUUGACUAAGAUGGCUGCUUGAGCACCAGCUACCACAUCAACCUUCCAGGAAGAAGGAAAGUAACAAAACAGCUUUUUCUAUUGUCUACCACCAUUUAAAGGAGGCUUUCUAGAAAUCCCUUUCAGUGGCUUCCACUUACAUCUCAAUUUCUCAAACUUAAUCAUAUAAUUAUACCUAACUAUAAAGAAGGUUGGUGGCUGUAGUCUUUUAAUUGGGUACAUUGUCUGUCUGAAUAAUAUAGAAGUGCUAUUAGCAAGGAGGAAGUGAGAUUGAAUGUUGGGUAGGGCCUACAUCUCUUCUGGUUUAAGAAUAAAGGGAUUCACACAUAAGAGUGGAAAUUAAUCAUAUGAUUAUGUUGUCUCAGAUUUUUGAAAUGUAAAUAGGAUAUCUAAGGAAGAAAAGUUUAAAUGUAGUCCGCAUUCCUGUUCAAAGUAUUGAUUUCAGAGGACUGUUAGCGUUUUCUUCUGGACAGUGUUCUGUUGAAAGCGUUAUGCUUUGUACAUCCUGUAGGAUUAUUUAUAAUAGUGAAUAAUUGAAACAGUUGCAAUAGUUGAGUGGUUAUAUGACGCAACAAUAUCAUGAAAUACUAUGUAGCCAUUGAGCAUUAAGCAUGUUACAUAUAUAAUCAAAUUAGGAAAACUACUUAUUAAUGAAAGCAGGAUGUACAGCUGUACUUAAAAUAUGAUUGCAACUGUGUAAUAAUAUGUACAGAGCAUAGAUGAAAAGUAAAUUCACCCAAAUAAAAUUGUAAUUGUGGUCUUUGAGAGGUGGGAUUAUGUGUGACUUUUAAAUGUUUUUAAAAUAGUUUUCUGAAUUUUCUUUUACAAGUGUGUUUCUUUCAAAUUCGGAAAGAAAGCAUGAAUUUCAUUUCUAAGUGUUCUAUGCACAGAUUUUGGAGUACAUCACUACGUCUUGCAUUUCUGGUUUUUUUCUUUAAGUUAUAGAUAACCUUGAGUAAGGCUUGAGACAUAGACAUAAUCCGUUCUAAGUCUAUUAAUAAUAAUGGGAAGAGAAAAUAUAUAGCACAUUUCAUAAGUAAGUGGUUUUUCUGCAAAUAUCAAUUUCUUUAUCAUUAAGCCAUUCUUAAUAGGAAUGUUAAUACUAAAUAUUCUCUUGCUGGAAAAGAGAGUCCCCCUAGGGCCUCGUGUACACUUAUGUUUUGUUGGAUAUGCCAAGACCACUCUUUAACCUAUUUCAUAGAGUUAUUUAUGUAGCUGGGAACCUUGAGAGGUAAGGUUUGUUCUCCCAGGACAAAGACCAGUCUCACUUACUAUCUGCUGUAAAAAUUUUAUCAGCAUUUUAUCAGCUGCAAUGCAAACACACCAUGUGUGCAGCAUCCAUCCUGUUGCUCCCAUCAUAAGACUCGAGGACAGAGAGAAUAGAUAUAAAUAAGCUGAUGCUUAUGCUGCCUACUGUGCCAUCAGUCAUAAAGUCUUUGUCUCUGAUCCAGGAAUUUCAUGUCUUCUGCCAGUGUCUGUGAAACAGUAACAGGCUAACUUAUUAGCUUGUAACUGGAAUCCAAUCAAAUCCCAGACCUGACAUCUCUGUGUUCUGAAAAUAUGAAUUUCUUACAGUUAUUUUUACCAAGGAAGUAGUCACAAGACAUUUUGUAAGUAUACCUACCAAUUGGUCUCCAUCUCAAUGAUGAUCACAUCACCGGUUUUUGGCCUCUUAAAGAUGAGUUUUGCUGUUAUCGGCCAGGCUGGAGUGCAGUGGCACGAUCUCAGCUCACUGCAACCUCUGCCCCCUGGGUUCAAGCGACUCUCCUGCCUCAGCCUCCCGAGUAGCUGGGAUUACAGCACAAGUGCAUAUACCUUGAUAACACCAAAUAUAAACCGGAGAAAUGAGAUACAAAGAAUUGCGGAGCAGGAGCUGGACAACCUGGAGAAGUGGAAGGAGCAGAACAGAGCUAAACCAGUUCACCUGGUGCCCAGGCGGCUAGGUGGAAGCCAGUCAGAAACUGAAGUCAGACAGAAACAACAACUCCAGCUGAUGCAAUCUAAAUACCAGCGAAAGCUAAAAAGAGAAGAAUCUGUAAGAAUCAAGAAGGAAGCUGAAGAAGCUGAACUCCAAAAAAUGAAGGCAAUUCAGAGAGAGAAGAGCAAUAAACUGGAGGAGAAAAAAAGACUUCAAGAAAACCUUAGAAGAGAAGCAUUUAGAGAGCAUCAGCAAUACAAAACCGCUGAGUUCUUGAGCAAACUGAACACAGAAUCGCCAGACAGAAGUGCCUGUCAAAGUGCUGUUUGUGGCCCACAAUCCUCAACAUGGGCCAGAAGCUGGGCUUACAGAGAUUCUCUAAAGGCAGAAGAAAACAGAAAAUUGCAAAAGAUGAAGGAUGAACAACAUCAAAAGAGUGAAUUACUGGAACUUAAGCGGCAGCAGCAAGAGCAAGAAAGAGCCAAAAUCCACCAGACUGAACACAGGAGGGUAAAUAAUGCUUUUCUGGACCGACUCCAAGGCAAAAGUCAACCAGGUGGCCUCGAGCAAUCUGGAGGCUGUUGGAAUAUGAAUAGCGGUAACAGCUGGGGUAUAUGAGAAAAUAUUGACUCCUAUCUGGCCUUCAUCAACUGACCUCGAAAAGCCUCAUGAGAUGCUUUUUCUUAAUGUGAUUUUGUUCAGCUUCACUGUUUUUACCUUAAUUUCAACUGCCCACACACUUGAUUGUGCAGUCAGGAGUGAGUGGCUUCUCCUUGUCCUCAUUUAUGCAUGUUUGAAGGAGCUGAUUCCUGAACUCAUAUUUAAUCUCUACUGCCAGGGAAAUGCUACAUUAUUUUUCUGAUUGGAAGUAUAAUAAUUAGAGUGAUGUUGGUAGGGUAGAAAAAGAGGGAGUCACUUGAUGCUUUCAGUUUAAUCAGAGCUAUGGGUGCUACAGGCUUGUCUAAGUGACAUAUUCUUAUCUAAUUCUCAGAUCAGGUUUUGAAAAGCUUUGGAGGUCUUUCUAUAUUUUAAUCCCUACUUUAUGGUACAAAUAUGUACAAAAGAAAAAAUGUCUUAUAUUCUUUUACACAAAUUUAUAAAUAAAUUUUGAACUACUUCUGUAUAAA